AUGAUGUCCACAUUACAGUGUAUAUGGAUGCACAGGUCCCUGGACCACUGGCAGCAGGUGCCACCUGAUGUUUCUAUGACAACACGUCACCUGGACAACGGCUGUUGUUGUUGUUUACCCACAACUCACAGUUGGACCGAGCGGACGGACGUCUACAGGAUCCCAGAGAUAGCGGCUUCUAGAGGAAGAGGAGACGGCGAGAAGGAGAAGAUGAAGAGGGAAGAGGAGCAGAUGGAGAACGGAGAGAAGAGAGAAGAGGAGAGGAAGAGUGAAGAGGAGAGUGAAGAGGUGGAGAAGAGAGUAGAGAAGAGGAAGAGAGAAGAGGAGGAGGAGAAGAGAGAAGAGAAGAGGAAGAGAGAAGAGGGGAGCGAGGAGGUGGAGAAGACAGGUCAGAAGAGGAAGAGAGAAGAGGAGGGUGAAGAGGAGGAGAAGAGAGAAGAGAAGAGUGAGGAGGUGGAGAAAAAGAGGAGAGGAGAGGAUGCCAGAGUAUUGGAGGAUGAGGAGCCAAGACCAGGCACCAGCCAGGACCCCGGAACAUCAAGCAACUACCCCAAAUUUAACAUCACACACCUAACUGUCCAUCAGGUAUUGGGUAGGGGCAGCUUUGGAGUGGUGGGCCUGGCAUCAGUCCCCGGCCGAAACAACUACGUCGCCAUAAAAGGAAUCACCAAAACAGCGAACAAUGCAGCAACCCUACAGAGAGAGCGACGGAUACUCAUGCUGGCCCGAGACUGCCCGUUCCUGUGUCACCUGUUUGCUGCACAGCAGUCUCAGGACAAUGCCUUCUUCAUCACCGAGUAUCUGUCCGGCGGCAGCCUGGAGGCUUUGCUCAGAAUGUGCAGCAGUCUGAACACCGACACAGUAAGGUUUUACACAGCUGAGAUUGCAUGUGGCCUCCAGUUCCUUCACAGACAGAACAUCGUCCACCGACCUGAGUAUAGGCCAGAUGAAGCACUAACCUGUGAGAAACGGCUACCGUUGCCUGCUGUACCCCUCCCCCCACACUGUCCCUCUCCUGUAACUAUUAUAGAUAUCAAGCCAGAUAACAUCAUGCUGGAUAAAGAUGGACACAUCCGCAUCAUAGAUCUCGGAGUUGCCCAAGAUGGUGUCACCUUCUCCAACAAGAUCCAAGGAGUGACGGGCACAUUACCUUACAUGGCCCCAGAGGUGCUCCAGAGGAAGGACUACUAUGCAGCAGUUGACUGGUGGAGCCUGGGGAUUGUUGUAUCCCGGAUGUCAGCAGGACGUUCCCCAUUCUACUUUGGCUGCAACAGAGAAAUGUCUCGCAAUUCCAUCACCAGAGAGAAGCCUAAUAUUCCAACUUGGCUCCCUGCUGACCUGAAACAUCUGAUCAAGCAACUGCUGCGCAAGAAUCCUGAGAAGCGGCUGGGUGUGAACAGGAGCAUCAGAGACCACCCAUUCUUCACCACCAUCAACUGGGAGGAACUGGAGCAGAGGAGAACACAGCCACCAUUUACACCAUUCAAGGCAGCUCUGAAGAAGGGACACCUGCCGUGGCCAGAGGUAGAGACAGCUCUUCACCCCUUGGAAGGAUUCUCUUUCAUAGCUCCAAGCUGGGAAUGGUAAGAUCAGCCCACGGCCCAGAGCUCUGUGCCAUCUCUACCAUCUGAGUGCUGCAGAUUUCCAUCAAGAUGUUACCCUGGAUCUUAGCUCUACAUCCAUCAAUAUCUGGCACCUUCUGAAGACCCUCUGCACCCAGGAGAGGCCUGUGCUUGUAACACCUCAGCACAGGCCGGUAAGUAUCACACAUCAUCACACAUACAUUAGGAUCACACACAUACAGGUAGAUAGAAAUAUACACACAGGUACAUAUAUAGAUAGUAUAGACACAUACACACAGACACACACAACAGAUAGGGGUAGACAUCGGCUUUGAUCCUGGGACUUGUUCCGAUCGCCAUAUUUGGGGUCAGGAAGGAAUUUUUCCCCUUUGAGGACAAUUGGCUUAUUCCUCAAGGGGGUUUUGCCUUCCUUGGGAUCAUCUCGGCCAUAAUUAGGAAAUAUUCCCACAAAUAGCAAUGUAUAAAAAUAAAUAAUAAAACUUUAUAUAAAAUAAUACAUAUUAGUUUUCCAUAUUAGAUAGGUCAGGUACUGGCUUUUGAUCCUGGGACUUGUUCCGAUCGCCAUAUUUGGGGUCAGGAAGGAAUUUUCCCCCCUUACAUAAGGAUAAUUGGCUCUUUCCUCAAGGGGGUUUUCGCCUUCCUUUGGAUCAACACAGUAUAUAAUAAGGCUUUGCCUAUACAUUUAUAUUUCACACAUAGCAAAAUAAAACAUAACACACAUUUCUGAAAUUUGCAGUAUCCCCAGUAUCCCCCUACUAGAACUAAAAUAAAAUGUCAUUUUUU